UGUGAGCUUUUUUUGGCAGUUUGACACGUGAAAAUGCAUGAAGUUUUGUGUUAAUUUUGCUUUAUAUAAGAUAAUUGUCACUUUUUUCUUUGUUUAAUAAAUUAACAUUUUUCAUUCAUUUUUGUUGCUCAAAUUUUGGUUGAUUUUUUUCGGAUAAAAUCAUGGCAGGAUAUCAGUUCGUUUUCGAUGAACCUAGUAUGGAGUGGGAUGACGAUGAAGACUUUGGCGGAGGAGGCCCAACUUUGGAAUGGGAUGAAACAGGAAUACAACUGACGGGAGCAGGUAAACCGAAAACCCUGCCUCCGUCACCUCCGCCACCCCCUCCCCAGCCUAAGGAGACUGACUUUUUUCGAUCAUUCCUGAACACAGCCAGAGAGGAACAACGGGAGAAGCUGAGUACGGUCGCAAAAUCAGUUCGUGAAGCAAACGUCUCCCGACGAGCUGUUUCACCAGGUGCAGCGUCAACGCAAAGAGAGGAGGACGAUAGGCAAGAAAAACAAAAGGAAGCAACGACAAGAACAUAUUUGGAUUUUCUACUGCACAAACGACAUCAAACUGCUCGGGAGAGGGCCUACGAAUUAAGACAGCAAGGAUAUAAGAUACCAGAAGGCAGAGAAUAUUUCUCUUUCAUCGGGGAGCCGGUUACAAGAACUCCGGAGUUUCGACGCCACACUCUUCCAGCACCUGGCAAAGAGCCAGCUUUACGCGAGCCCAGCUGGCUGCAUGAACUGUCACAUGCAACGCCUAAAAGUUUUGAGGGAAUGGAUGAGUCUUAUAAAGGGCAGUUAAGUGCCAUUCUAGCGGAGGGAGAUAUCGACUGGGACGCCUCAUUUGAAGGUGUGCCAAAGGCUGACACCCAGCAAUGGGAACAACUACAAGGUUCCUAUGGAAAGGAUACAUCUCUGGAUAAAUCAAAGGACGAUGAAAAAGAUAUAAGUAAAUCUGUAGCUGAACUCAUAGAAUCUGUGAAGGACGAUAAAGAGAAAGCACUUGACUACCUGAUCGACGACGUCUACUUUCCGGGGGUUAUUGAUGACGCUGUCAAUGGGAAAAUCAAUUUUAAUCAAAUCGCGUUUAAUUUGGUGUUCGAUGAUGAUGAUGUUCCUGAAGAUGCACCUCCCAUGGACAAGCAACCCAUAUCCUUAAUUGAGGCUUUUGAUAAACGAGUCGAACGUCAAAAAGGGGCCAUAAAGAAAACCACAAUGCAGUCACCUCCACCAUCGGGGCCAGCAGAUCUUGAGGCCGAGAUGGAAGCCACCUUGGGUGAUAUCCAGGAACCAGAAGGAGGUGAAAGGCCUGAUCUCUCCACAUUUGUCCAGGAAAGUCCUUCAAAGACGAAAGUCUUAAAUCGUGAAGAGCUGGUUUUGGCCAGCACUGUGGGAAUUGAUGUGUCUACAAUUGUUCAAAACAAACCAGUGAACGAGUUGAUUAUGGCGAUAAAUAGCCUACAGAAGGCCGAGUACAUGAAUGAUUAUGAUAAGUCAUUCCAAGCCGCUGAAGAAGCCUACAAGCGAGCGCCUCCUGAAUUGGCAGAAAGUGCUGCGAUUUUUGGCGCUCGAAAUUUCCGAACAGUGGAAUUAUCAAGGAAACAAACUACGAUUGUCGGCGAUAAAUCAUAUAAACCAAUAGAAGUUGUAAGCUACAUGGGGAUCACAAAACCAAUGCCUGGGGUAAAAAACUAGUAGAAAUUGUAUGUUGCAUGGUAUUACACUGCCACGUGUGAGAACUUACGUAAUAUGUAUUCUGUUUCAUUUUUUCCAAAUUGCUAGUUUUGAAUAAAGACAUUGAAUUCA